ACGUCAGGAGUGGCGCGCUCCCUCCCUCUUAGCUUGUUGGGAGCUGACUUCCGGGUUCCCUCAGUCCAGCUCCGCCAUCCGCGCCGCGUCGCUGAGCGGGUUACCAUGUGAUUCCAGAACUGGGCAGAAGCAGCAGUAGAUAUGCAUUCCAACCACAAAGCUGAGAAUGGAUGCCAGCCCCGAGAAGUUACCCAGUUGAUCAAGGCACACCUGGUGAACUCCAUCAAAGCACUGCAGAAACACUACGUGACUUCCGACGCCCUCGUGACCAGUGACGAUGGAGAUGCCAACACCCUCUGCUGCGCCCUCGAAGCCGUGUUUGUGCACGGCUUGAAGGCCAAGCACAUCAAGGCAGAAUCGGGAGCGAAAGGGAGGAAAUUUGGCGGGCGCCUGCCCCUUCCCCAACCAGCCUUCUGGGCCCUGCUGAAAACUAUCACACACAGAAACAUCAUUUCUGAGCUGGAGCACCUGGACUUCAUCAACACAGACGUGGGCCGCUGCCGUGCUUGGCUACGACUUGCGCUGAAUGAUGGCCUGAUGGAAUGCUACCUGAAGCUCUUGCUCCACGAGAAAGCCCACCUCUCCGAGUAUUACCAUUCGCCAGCCCUGCUACUGGACGCCGAGGAGGUUGAGUUCCUUCUCACUUACUUGCAGGGCUUGUCUUCCCUGGCCUUCGACCUCUCCUACAAGUCGGCAGUCUUGAACGAAUGGACGGUCACCCCUUUAUCCCUGUCGGGACUUUGCCCAGCCACAGAACUGCUUGUGAGUUUGGAGCCCCGGAGGAAAGAAUCGCUGGGCUCCCUCUCGCUGUCUUCUGGCUCGGAUGACGCUGAGGCUUCCCCAGCCCUCUUGCCCGCCGCUAAAAGCCAACGGGCAGAGAAACUCACCGCAUCCAACCUGAGCAUCAGCACAACAGGUUCCUCCCAGCUGUCUUCCAGCCUCAGCUCCGACGGCCUUACCCUGGGGACAUCUGCUGCCACGCAGAACGCGGACAGGGGUGAGGAGCCCAUCUCGGAUGGUGCUGAAAUUGGCGUGGCAACAGCAAAAGACUUGGACCAGUCCCUCCAAGAGGUGCUAGCAGAAUUCAGCAGAGCACAGGGAAAGCCGGAAUCGACAGAAGCCAAGCAAGCUGACACCUUGUCGGCUUCUUCCUCACUGCAGUGCCCCUGUCCUGCCACUGAUCUCUGUACCACACGCCUUCCUUGUCCUGUAACAGCUAAACACCCUGCCAGCAUCAAACCUCCUGACGCAGCAGACUCACAGCUUCCAAGUCCAGGUGACCCACCUCACACCAAGGAAGCAGCUCCCGGUUCCAGGGUCCAGCAAUCACCUGCGCUGGACACAGCAGAUGCUGCUAAAGGAGUAGCGGAUGCAUCUCAAACUCACCGUAGCCUCAAGAGAGGAGGGGCUAAAUAUAGGAUCAGUCAAGUUGUUGUCCGUGAGGAAAGCCACCCAAGGACAGGACGACUUCUCUCACCAAUCUCACCUGAAACAAACUGGAUCACCGAGGAUGACAUUUACCUUCCCUCUCCUCCUCCUGAGGGAACAGCAAAAAGUCUCUCCCGUUCACUCAGUCCCUCGCCAGAGCGUCCUGCCGAUAGCCAGCCAUCGAUACCAAGCGGCGCUCUGGACCAAGACAAGCUUCACGUGACCUCAGCCAAGGCCAGGAAGCCCAAACUGUCCCCCGAGGCGGAAUCGAAGGGCUUUAGCGUCGUUCACCGGAGGCAAAUGGGCCUUUCGAACCCUUUCCGUGGUCUGCUGAAGCUGGGGACCCUGGAGCGGCGAGGAGGCAUGGGCAUCUGGAAGGAGUUCUUCUGUGAGCUUUCGCCGCUGGAGCUGCGCCUCUUUGUGGACAGCGAGGAGCGGGUGUGCGUGGAGACCUGUUCCCUGCUGCGGUGCGAUUGCCUGGGGGCAGCUCACAGCGACGGCCGCUUUGACCUGUCCUUCUCGGGCAAACGGCUGUGCCUCCGGGCCGCCUCUCGGGACGAGGCGGAGGAUUGGCUGGACCGGCUGCACGAGGCACUUCAGAAAUGUAGGCCUCAGCCGGACGAAGGCUGGGAGACCCUGGAGGGCACCGAAGCAGCGGAGGACCCGGAUGCGAACUCUGCUGGUGGUCCGCCUGGCGAGCUUUCGGCCUUGCAAUACAACGGGACAGGCAGCAACGGACUGGACUGGACGUGUGGUUUGGACCCCGAGCUGGAUGCGGUCAAGGAGUCUGUUUUGUACCUGGAAACUGAAAAGACGUGGUCCCCUUUUGUGUUCUCCUUGUCCUUAGAAGCCCUGAAGUGCUUCAGAGCCCGGAACGGGGAGAAAACGCUGAGCAACAGCUACGGGAUCGAGACCAUACAGGACAUCCUGCCCGACGUGAGCCUGGGGGGCCCAGCCUUCUUCAAAGUCAUCACGUCGAAAGCGGUGCUGAAGCUGAGAGCCGAGAACGCGGAGGAGGCAGCCGACUGGAGGGACUUGGUCCGCCGGAUGCUGAUGUCGUACCUGGAGACGGCGGAGGAGGCCUUGAGCCUGGGGGGCAACCUGGACGGGAACUCGCAGGCCGUUUUGAAAAGCACCACGAAGGGGAAUGGCUUCCUCCUGAAGUACCUGGUUGCCAUCCCCACAGAGAAAGGCCUGGACUGCCAGAGCUUCAUCUGUGCGGGCUGCUCCAGGCAGAUUGGCUUUUCCUUCGUGAAGCCCAAGCUCUGCGCAUUCACAGGCCUCUACUAUUGCGACAGCUGCCACUGGGAUGAAGAGUCCGUGAUUCCUUCGCGGCUGAUUCACAACUGGGAUCUCACCAGGCGUCCGGUCUGCCGCCAGGCUCUGAAGUUCCUGUCCCAAAUUCAUAGCCAGCCCUUGAUCAACUUGAAACUAGUGAACGAGACUCUCUAUGACCAUGUGGACCACAUGAGCCACAUCUACAAGAGCCGGGAGCAGCUGAAACUCCUUGGUGACUACCUGGUCCUUUGUCGCAGUGGAGCCCUGAAAGAGAUGAGCAAGAGGCUCGAUCACCGGCACUACCUCCUGGAAUGUCCCCAUAAAUACAGCGUGGCUGACCUGAGGCAGAUAGCGGAUGGCGUGUUUGAGACAUUCCUCCAGUCUCUAAUUCAGUUUGCCUCCCAUCACGUCUACAAUUGCGACCUGUGCACCCAGAGGGGCUUCAUCUGCGAGAUCUGCAACAGGAACGACAUCAUCUUCCCCUUUGAAUUUGACACGACGACCAGGUGCAAGGUGUGCAAGACUGUCUUCCACAGCAGCUGCCAGGCAAAUGCCAGUUUCUGUCCUCGCUGCGUCCGCCGGGAGGAAUACCAGCAGAAGCUGCAGGUGUCCCUUUGCAAAUGACCUCUCCCUGAAGAGGGGGCAGACCACAGCCCUUAGGGGGCAGGCCAGAGGACAGCUGGGAAAGGACAGAGGAGCAAAGGAAGGCCCUUGGCUAGUUGCACAACUCCUUUCCCCUGAAGGUCCAACCCAUCAGGGAUCACCUGAGCUCUGGCGACAUCAGCUGUGGAUCACAUUUCCGACAGAGAAAGGUGGAAAGAAGGCAGUGGCUUCCUUGUGCCGAUCUGCCGCCGCCACUCGGAGCCACAAUCCUUUCCCUUCCGUCACUCUCCGGCCUCUGCAGACAAAAUACCUGGCUGCUUCGGGCCCAGCAAGCAUUUGAUACGCGUAAGACUUGUCGGACUUGGACUCCUAGGGAGACGAAACGUUAGCGGACAUUUUGAUUCUAACAGCGAUAAGAAAGGGUGGGGGGGUUUUCUGUUUUGUUUUUAAAUUAAUGCACUUUGUAGCAGAGUUCUUGUGCCUUCCGCACUUUACAGGCUACCCCUGAAUUGCCACGUGCCAAACAGCUGCUGAAUCCUCUGGGAAAACACAUUCCAGCACCCUCUAAGCAAAGUGACCUUCUUACAAAUAAUGAAUCCACUUUUCUGCUCCUUCUUUUUUAAUGCUAGGCCAAUGGGUUCCAGAGAUGAAUUUUUAUUUUCCAUUUUAAUCUUCUAUGCAGAUAAUAAAAAGUAAUUUAAUAAGGAACUAA